CCCGCCUGCCCGCCGCCGCCCCGGCGCAUGGCCGCGGCUCUCGUCCUCCUCGCGGGGGCCCUGCUCCCCGGCUGGGGCUCGGCCCCGCAGUGUCGCGCCAAGGUGAAGAUCAAUGGGGCCGAGUGCUCCCACCACUCUGAGUGCCGCAGUGACUGCUGCCUCGUAGACUUGGACACUGGUAACACCUUCUGUGCCCCCAAGGCCAAGGUUGCCAUGGCGUGCUUGCUGCAGACCAAGGGAGCCACCAACGUCAUCUGCCCUUGCCAAAGGGGCUUGGGUUGCACAUCCAAGAACCGGUCGUGUUCCCGCCAGUGCCAUAUAAUUUAGAGGAGGACCCAGUCUGGUUACUGCCCCUCCCUCAGCACCAGUGACCCCACCCUGCUCUGAACCCAGCAACUGAAACAUUAAAGUCAC